AUGCACUGGCCUGCUACCGACUAUCUCCCUCCCGACUGGCGUGGUCCGUUCGUCUCGGGCCAUGCUUUGCGCGCAGUGGCACCGGUGACGCCUACAAAAGGUCUGGAGACUGGGUCUGAGGCGGAGGAUUUCGACGUUGGCCACCCGACUGCGGUCUCUGACGUCCGUCUCCCGGCCACGACAGUUGGAGACUCGCUGCAAUCGACCCCGCUUGUCGAUGAUGGGGUGCGUGCGAAGGAGGAGAAGGAGUUCGCGCGCGUCAAAGAGCAGCCGCCGGAUGUUGGAUUGUUAUUUGUAAAGCGCGAAGCCUACGCUGCCGUGAAGAACAAGAUCAGCGCUCAGGUUAGACACGACUACCGUACGCCUAUCACUCGUCAUGAAGACGACCCGGCGCAAAUGGCGAGUGCAGCGUGGUUACUUCUCAUUUAUCCUCCCGUUUGAACGAGUG